AUGACGUACUUCAGCGACCUACACACUUAUCUCCAUCAAUCCUCUCUCCUCAUUCAAGCGUACCCCACCACAAGGAUAACAACAAAAUAUUCAUUACCGCGAAAACCCAAUCCCAAGUCGCGAUCGAAAUCGAAACAGACCGAACAGGAGCCUACACAGGCUGAGGGUACCAACGGUACAGCGCCAGCACAGUCGCAAGCGAAACGUGACCCCUCGGCUGUUCUUACUCUUAAAACCUUCCACCCCGAAUCCGGCAUAUGCUUGAAAUAUCGAACUGACAAAGCUGCUGAGGUCGGCCGACUGCUCGCAGGUCUGGGCCGGCUGGCAAAAGGCGAAGUGAUCGAGAUCCCCAGCACAACAAGCGCACAAAUACCGGCGACAGACGGGGCGGUGGCAGAUAAAAUGGAUAUUGACAGUGUUGCGGGCUUUGCAGUGCCGAAGCCAGGAGACAGCACAGUCGCCGCACCACCAGCUGCGACCCAGACCACUGGUGCUGGUGCUGGCGGUGGCGGCGGAGGAAAGGGUAAAAAGAAGAAAGGCAAGAAAUGA